ACAGAGGUGGUUGUUGAAUCUUGUCUAGUCCAGGCCGAGUUCAGCAGUUAGAUUCUGGACUACUUUUGUGGUUGGACUGUUGGUAUUGUUGAUAUAAGAGGCAACCAUUUAGACAAGUAGUUGUGGGAUAGGCCUACAAUACUGAAUUUAAAUAAAAUGAAACUAUUCCAUCACAAUCAUCAAUGUUUGGUAGCUGCUGUUCUUUUCACCGUGCCUUUGGCACUGUUUGGAAGUGCUGAAAAGUGUCCUGAUCAUGUUACAACAGUCAACAAAGGCUUCACAGCUGUACACAACAGCAUAUGCUACCUGUUUGUUGAUAGAGAGGUGUACUGGAAACAGGCUCGGUCAGCUUGCUGGGAUCUAGGUGGUGAGAUGCUGGCCAUUGAAAGCGAGGACGCCAUGCAGUUUGUCAAGAAAACAUUGGAUUCUACUGAGCUGCGCUGGAAGAGACAGGGUGUCUGGUUGGGAGCAAGUUUGGAAAGAGGCACCUGGAGGUUUACAAACGGUCGAAUAAUGAACUAUAAAUAUUGGGAAGAUGGCCAACCUAGUCAAGUAUUGGGACCCUUUACUGUAGAGACGUGCAGUGUAAUGCGGAAAGACAGCAACUGGCGCUGGCAUGAUUCAAUUUGUGGCUCUUUGCGCUUUCAUUACAACUAUAUUUGUCAGUUUCCCAUCAGGCAGUCAGGGGAGAACAGAGUGUCAGCCAUGUCCCAAAUACAGGCUGAGGAUAAUGGAAAUCGCAAUAUUCUUGUGAUCAUCAUCAGCCUGACAAUUUGUAUAUUGCUAGUCAUGGUGCUGAUUGUUCUCGUGCUGCAUUUCCACUACCAAAAUUUAAAGAAGAACACACCAGAGGCUGCUGUACACUUUAACAACGACACUUCACACAGCUCGUCUGCACCUGUCUCCGAGCAGUCCAGAAUAACAACUGAUCUUCUACCAGCUGUACCUAAGAGUAUGGCUCCACUCUAUACUGAGGUGGUUAAACCAAACAAUCAUCUUGAAAAGAUGAAACCACCCCCAUUGACUACCUGCAACUGUGGACCUGCGCUUGAGGGGGCUUGUGGGGGAAGUGACCCUGAGGUGGACACACCCCUCAUGAAGUCCAGUGAGUCGUUUACACCCCCACCGUGUGGCAAAUGUGACCAGUACGUGGACAUGCAAAGCCUGGGUAAGGGAGACAACCACACGUACAGCAACGAAGAGAAGCCGAACUUUGCGGGAGAUAAUUUCUAUGAGAGCUUGCCGUGAAGGAUCACUUGAAGGCUUCUGUAGAAGCCACAGAGAUUAAAAAAAAAACACAACUCCUCUACAGGUCAAACUUUCAGUAGACCUCAGAGGUAGAGGAGAAGAAGAAAAAUUACUGCUUGUAAUUUUAUCAAACUUCAUAACAGAGACAGCCCACAGCAGGCUUUGUAUCUAGCUAGAAGCAUCGCAACUGUUGUAGGCGACCACAGUACGUGUUAAAAGAUAGACAUUUCAAAUACUGUAGAUUGUGGUAUUUGUUGAACGGUCCACAACAGCUUAAUAAUCAACUGUUCCAGCAUUAUUGUUUUUAUACUUUACUUUAACCCACCUAGUGCAAUACCGGUGUGUGCAAAUGUCUUGUGACCAAAUGUAAAUGCAAUUUCAUAUCAGUAGAUUACAUGUUGUGUUAAAAUCAUGCUUGAUUCAUGACGUACACAUUUUUAACAAAUUUUUUAUUAACAUUUUUAUCAAAUGCCAUUUACUGUUGUUUUUUUUUAAAUUUACAUUUUU